GUUGUAGCCAGUUAGGUUUCAAAAUUUGAUCACUCAGAAAAUAAAAAAAUUAAAAUCAUUAUUACCGGCGAAGGAGAAGAGAAGAGAAGAGUUGAGAAAGGGAUUUGAAGUUGGAAUCUUUGGAAAACAGAAAAUUGAUUGAUUUUAUUAUCAUUAUUUUUUCGGUGAAUGAAAUAUGGUGGUAGAUGAAUCAGGGGUGGUAAGCGUGCCGGUGUUGGAUGUUCAAUAUUUUGCUGCUGAAGGAAGGAGUCCUGCUCAUGAGAUUGAAGAUGUUGUUACUGUUUCUUCUUCCCCGAGAAGGUUAAGUCAAGUUCGCGUCUCCGAUUUGAUCUCCGCCGAGUUAUCCGCCUCCCAAUUGGGUAUUAAAUGUUCAGAAAAAGUUUCAGAUGCGGAAGCUAUUGAGUCCGCUAUCCUGGAGUUUGUUCCUAGUAUUCGUUCUGGUAGCUUUGCUGACAUUGGGUCUCGAGGAAGAUACAUGGAAGAUGAGCAUAUACGCAUAGAUGAUCUAUCCGCUGAAUUGGGCUCGGCCUUUAAGUUUCCAAAGCCCAGUGCUUUCUAUGGGGUUUUUGAUGGUCAUGAAGGACCGGAUGCAGCAGCUUAUAUCAGAAGAAAUGCAAUGAGAAUCUUUUUUGAAGAUGUAAAUUUCCCUCAAACAUCUGAAGUUGACAAUAAAUUCUUGAAGGAGGUCGAGAACUCCCUCCGGAAAGCAUUCCACCAGGCUGAUCUGGCUUUGGAAAAUGACUGCAGUGUGAGCACUUUUUCAGGGACAACUGCACUUACUGCUUUUGUAUUUGGAAGGCUGUUAAUGGUUGCUAAUGCUGGUGAUUGUCGAGCAGUUCUAUGUCGUAAAGGAAAGGCAAUCAACAUGUCCCAAGACCAUAGGCCUAUUUAUCCAUCAGAGCGAAGGCGGGUUGAAGAAUUGGGUGGGUAUGUUGAUGCUAAUGGAUUUCUUAAUGGUUCACUGUCAGUUUCCCGAGCCCUUGGUGACUGGGACAAGAAACACUCUUGGGGUUCUCCUUCACCUCUCAUUUCUGAGCCAGAAUUCCAGCACCUUGUUCUAACAGAGGAAGAUGAAUUUCUUAUAAUUGGUUGUGAUGGGAUUUGGGAUUCUAUGUCAAGUCAGCAUGCGGUCAGCCUUGUCCGCCGUAGGCUGCGGUGGCAUGAUGACCCUGAGAAGUGUGCUAAGGACCUUGUCAAGGAAGCCUUGGAUUGGAACGCAGUUGACAAUCUCACUGUACUUAUUGUGUGCUUCUCUUCACCACCUGCACCUAAACAGAGACAAGGGUGUAGCCUCUCUGCAGAGGCAUUGUGUAGCUUGAGGAACCAUUUGGAACUUAGUGCCAACCGCAGAAUGUUAUAGAAUAAUUUUCUAAUUUCUCUUGCUGAUUAAACAAGGUGUUUUUGGAUUCUUGAGUUUCAUGAUAGAAAAAGCAGCUUGCAGUUUUGCAGAUGAUGAUUUUCAAACAGCAAGCGUUGAGCAGGGGUUGGUGUACAUACUGGGGGGUGGAUGCUGGUGGUGUAGAGAUGCUUUAUUAAAAUACGUUCUUGAUGGAUGGAUUGGUUUUGGCCUAGCUGCCAAAUCUGAUAUAUAUUCCAUUUUUAAUCUUGAUAUGUAUCUGUACAGUUCGAAUAAGAUUUUCUUAUUAUUUUCUCUCUC